AUGUGUCUUCUCACAACUGGAAUUUUUAUGGAGAAGCUUACCAGCAAGAAGCUCUGUACUGAUGAUGACUGUGUCUACACCAAUUCACUUGCCAGAGCAGAAGAGGAUUAUAACACUUCAGACUGCAGAUUCGUUAAUAUUAAGAAGGGCCAGUUGAUUUAUGUUCACUCAAAACUAAUGAAUGAAAAAGACUCUGGGGAAUUCUAGGCUGCAAAUGUAAGAGCUGAUUCUUAAGACUAUAUGGGGACAGUUGGUUAUUUCCCUAGCAGUUCAGUGUCAGAACAACAUGCCUAUCAAGAAGCAAGUAAGACUGCUCCUACAAGAGUAAGGAAUUUACAAAGGCCCAGCUGGCUACAUAAUUGUACUUGGCUAUGUAAUACUAAUUUGCUGUAAAAUUAAAUCAUUAUUUUGGCAGUUGAUAGUAAGCAUAUCACAGAUGCUUAGCAAUCCAAUCUUUGGGCCUUUAUACGGGCAAAUAACCUCCAUAAAAUCCCUGACAUAACCUCUGAUACAGCAGACAUUGUAAAUGUUGCAAUAAAGGCUUGAUCCUUUAAGGUCA